CCUCCACGGUGCCACAGGAACCCUUCUUCUUCACCUGACAACAUGGCGAGUGUCCGUGCGGCGUCCCGUCUUCUCUCCAAGAGAAAUGUGCUUAAAACGAAAGCAGUCCCUGCAGCUGCACUUCAAGGUUCCAGGAACUUUCACUUCUCCAUCUAUGGCAAGAAGAGCAAUGCUAAAGUAUCAGAUGAUAUCUCUACUCAGUAUCCCGUUGUGGAUCAUGAGUUUGAUGCUGUGGUGGUAGGAGCUGGAGGAGCGGGGCUUAGGGCAGCGUUUGGCCUGUCGGAAGCGGGCUUCAACACUGCCUGCGUCACCAAACUCUUCCCCACCAGGUCUCACACUGUUGCUGCACAGGGUGGGAUCAAUGCGGCUCUCGGAAACAUGGAGCAAGACGACUGGAGGUGGCACUUCUAUGACACGGUGAAGGGAUCUGAUUGGCUCGGAGACCAGGACGCUAUCCACUACAUGACAGAGCAGGCUCCUGCAGCUGUAGUGGAGCUGGAGAACUUUGGCAUGCCAUUCAGCCGCACAGAGGAUGGGAAGAUCUACCAGAGGGCCUUUGGAGGCCAGAGUCUUAAGUAUGGAAAAGGAGGCCAGGCCCACCGCUGCUGCUGUGUAGCAGACAGGACAGGACACUCGCUGCUGCACACACUUUAUGGAAGGUCUCUUCGUUAUGACACCAGUUACUUUGUGGAAUACUUUGCCCUGGACUUGCUGAUGGAAAACGGAGAGUGUAAAGGAGUGAUCGCUCUCUGCAUGGAGGACGGGUCUAUUCACCGCUUUAGAGCUCAGAAUACUGUCAUUGCUACUGGUGGUUAUGGAAGAACCUAUUUCAGCUGCACGUCUGCCCACACCAGUACAGGAGACGGAAAUGCGAUGGUGACCAGAGCUGGCCUGCCCUGCCAGGAUUUGGAGUUUGUACAGUUCCAUCCGACCGGUAUCUACGGAGCUGGAUGUCUCAUCACAGAGGGUUGCCGUGGAGAGGGUGGGAUCCUGAUCAACAGUGAGGGGGAGCGCUUCAUGGAGCGAUACGCACCCAACGCCAAAGACCUGGCCUCCAGAGACGUGGUGUCCCGUUCUAUGACCAUAGAGAUCAGAGAGGGCAGGGGCGUCGGCCCAGAUAAGGACCACGUGUACCUGCAGCUUCACCACCUGCCUCCUCAGCAGCUGGCCACCAGGCUGCCCGGUAUCUCAGAGACAGCCAUGAUCUUCGCCGGAGUCGACGUCACUAAAGAGCCCAUCCCUGUCCUGCCCACCGUCCAUUACAAUAUGGGAGGAGUACCCACAAACUACAAGGGACAGGUGAUCACUCAUACCGACGGGCAGGACAAGGUGGUGCCUGGAUUGUAUGCCUGCGGCGAGGCGGCUUGUGCCAGUGUGCACGGUGCUAACAGACUGGGUGCCAACUCCCUGCUGGACCUUGUGGUGUUUGGUAGAGCCUGCGCCCUCACUAUUGCUGAGGAACACAAACCUGGAGAGAAACUGUCUCCUCUGAAGCCCAGUGCAGGAGAGGAGUCCGUGGCCAACCUGGAUAAGCUGAGGUUUGCCAAUGGAAGUCUGAGAACCUCCGAGAUCAGGCUCAACAUGCAGAAGACAAUGCAGGCUCAUGCCGCAGUGUUCCGUACCGGCACUGUCCUGAAGGAGGGAUGUGAUAAGAUGGAUGCCAUUUACCAGACCAUGGAUGACAUCAAGACCUUUGACAGAGGUAUCGUGUGGAACACAGACUUGGUGGAAACGUUGGAGCUGCAGAAUCUGAUGCUGAAUGCCGUCCAGACUAUUCACUCCGCUGAGCAGAGGAAGGAGAGCAGGGGAGCACAUGCCAGAGAGGACUUCAAGGACCGUGUCGAUGAGUACGACUACUCUAAGCCCCUUCAGGGACAAGAGAAGAAGCCCUACGACCAGCACUGGAGGAAACACACGAUGUCCUACGUAGACCCCAAGACUGGAAAGGUGACCCUGAAAUACCGCCCCGUCAUCGACACCUCUCUGGAUGAGCAGGAGUGCGCCCACGUCCCUCCUGCCAUCCGCUCCUACUAAGAAGAUCUUCCUCCGUCCCUCCCCCUCUCCGCUCAAAUCCACAUAACUCUAUUACUGAAUCCUACCUUUUCAGGUGGUCUGUAUUAGAGAUGACAUUUUGGGACAAAUUUGGCUUUUUGUUGCACGUUUGCAUUCAUUUCUUAUACACAAUAGUCUUGUCAGCUUCUUCCCUUUGUGACACCUUCCUGUUCCUAUCCUGUACGUAUGUUUGGUCUCGAUGUAACCUGUUUGCAGUAGAUGGAUUUCAACAAGGUUCUUAUGACAGAGUGACUUGCACAUAUUUUAAGAAACACAGGAGAAGUGGGUGCCUGAGAAUAUUCAGUCUCCAACUGUCAAACAGAGUAGUUAAUGUGUUGCAUUUUUAAGCUUGGCCUUUUGUGAUACUAUGCUCUCAUUUCCAUUGUACUUAAAGGAUUGUAACCUUCGAGUGAAGAGAGGAGUGGAAAUGAUUGUAAUUUGAAAUGUUGCAGCGCUCCAGAGGGAAAUGUCAGUCAUGUAUAUAUUGCAUAAAUGUACAAUUAAUGCAGUGAGGAAUACUGUAUGUUGUUAAAACAUGAGGUUUAUGUCUUUUCACUCACUGUGGCCUUCAGUCUCGGGUGGUAUUUACUUUGGUUACACUUCAUGCGUGUGCUCAUUACCUGGCUCUUGUUCACUCGAUAGUCAGGGGCCUGGCCUCAAUCACUAUCACUAGCGUCUCGCUUGAAGCUCAGAUGUCAACAAUAAAACCGUGCUAUAGCUUCCUGUGUUGGAACAAUAGUCUCUACAUACAUGCAAUUGAUGCUGAUGGUGACACUGGUUUUGGGAGAGGUGUUGUGUGUCUGUGGUGUAGAAAUUCCUCCUUAAAAGACUUUGACAUUCAAGGUGAAGGACGUGCUCAGAUCCAAGACUUAUAAUACUGAACAAAUUGACAUGAACUGCCACUUGAGUCGAUUUGAGCAUGACUUAAUUUAUUUGCCCGCUUGAAGAGACGAAGAGAAGUAGUAUGUUUUCAUCUCGUUUUGCUGUUCAAUGAAUAAAUAAAGUGUAUACCAACAACAGCUCCUGGUGUGUCUGUGGCUAGUAGGAAAUAUAGUGAAUGCUUGCACACUUUUAUACAGUAAAAUAAAUUAUGUAACAAAGAGGAGCGUUACUUUGGUCUGGUUCUUGCUUGUUAUCCACUAGGGGGCAGUAAAAGCACAUUGUUGAAUCAGACGUAGCCGUAACUAGUGAUGUUUGAUAUUACCGAUUUCCUUUCCGAUCCGAUACUAGUAAAAGUCAUGCUGGUAUUGGAAACACCAAUCUGAUACUGAUUCUUUGUGUAAAUACACCCGAAAGCAUCUGCUAAAAAAAAAAAAAACUUAUAAUACCAUUAAAAAUAAAUUAUUAUUUCAUUAUUAAGAACUACUAUAAAAUGAAAAUGUGCAUCUUAAUUCUAACACCAGGCUCUCCUCUUCUUGAGUUGUCACAUAUUAAUAGUUUAGUUACUUCUAGGUUUACUUCGAGGUUUUAUUUGUCACAUUCACAAUUAUACAUAGUACUUGCAGCCAGUAGUAAAACAGUACUACAGUAGAAACAGUAAUACAUCAGACAAGAUAAAUUUAUACAAGUAUGACUGAGUUACAUAAACUGUAAGGGGGGUAGGUCGUAUAAUCGUACCGUCACAAUCAUGUGAUUUAACGCCAGCAAUUUUAAUGUUUGACAAGUGCCUGAUAAAGAGCAAUAAAACGAUGAGCCAUUCUACUGCAGCCCUCAGCAGAUCCUUAACCAUCCUGGAAAAUGUGCCACUGACGACUAAACACUUCCAAGAGACCUUGUCUCGGAUCACAACCAUUGCCAGCUGUGAAUGCCGGGAAACACGAGAAGUGAAAGGGAGGGAUUUCCUUUGAAUUCUCCCUAUCUGCGCAAAUCAUCAUGUCGGUGGAAGCGGGAAAGGUGCCAAAUGUUAUUGCUUUUGGCUUUAAAAAUCACAUAUGUGAAGGGAAAUGGCAAACUACAGAAUUCAUAACACGCAAAAGAAAGAUUUUGGACGGCCCUCUGCGAAACUUUUCUGGCAUUUGAAGAACCAUUCCGCUAGUUAAAGCAGUAACUAAUGUGUUCAGCUAAUGUUAUCAUGAUGGGAGCAUGGAUACAGACUGACUUUGAUAUAUAAUCUCUGUUUUCUCUGAAGCUAUUCAGCCCAGCACGUACUUUUAAGUUUCUGUCUAGAUUUUAGCUGUCGGCAGACAUGGAUUUAUGUCAGUAAAUAUGUCCUCCUCUUUUACACGCUGGCCUCUUCACUUGGGGAGUGGACUCUGAUGAAAGAGGUUUGUGAUUUCCUACAGCCAUUUGCAGAGGCCACGGGGUGAGAAGGUUGUGACUGUCAGCUGUGUUCUCCCUUGUGUGUUAUCACCAAACACCAUUCGGAGAAAGGGCAGAUGCUCUUCCAUGGUCCAUAGCCUCCAGAGCUCUCUCAAGAAGAGGUUCCGUGGGAUCUUUGUCAGUGUCAAAAUGUCAUCAGCGGCACUAAGUCAGAGCAGCUGUCCUGGACCCAGCAUUCUCUGUGAUGUGACUUCACCAUGUUUUCCUAGUGCCGUGAAGAAUGAUGUCACCGACAGGGUGAAAGGUCAGUGACUGUAUUUAUUCACAGCCUUACAUAGAAUUAGGAAUGUCUUUCCCCUAUCAUGAUCAAAUUAUGUCUAAUAUGCACAAUGAAAGCCUUUGAUUCACAAAGCUGCAAUAUAAAACAUGUACAGGUUUUUACACAACCAUGUCAGACUGAACAAAGGUAUAUAGUAAUGGGGGAAGUUCACUUUCUAAAAGUUCUUUUCACACCUGUUCACACUUAUUUCGCCCUUUAAAUUAAAUUCGCCCUUGUUUGUCUUCAUCAGAUCUGAUUGUAAGUGAGGUGCCACAUGUCGCAGUCGUCCAGAAAUGAGGGCUGGGCAAUAUAUCGAUAUAAAAAAUAUAUUGAUAUAAUUUUAAACGCAAUACCGAAUGAGACCAUAUCGUUUAUAUCGCUAUAGUUUAAAUUCGUCAUGUAAUCCUUUCUCUACCCGGCGCUCACUCACUCAUGUAUGCGCCUUAAUCGGAGUUAAACUAGACAACUGCACUGGUUUAUGAUCCUGGAACAAAAACAUCCAAGAAAGAUGGUCGCAGUUGUAGACGAGGGAUAGCGCGCAUCCCAUCUACACUAUAAAUAACGCGCACAUCACGUACGAGAUUUAAAAAGCUGUAGUAUUAUCCAACCAGAAAGGAGUCCGUAUUAACCCGCUGAAAAGACACACAUCGCCACCUAGUGUAGAGGAGGAGGACAUGUUCCAGCCAGUAAUUCGAUUUUCUCCGUUGCAUGUAAACUGGGACAAUGACUGCAUUAGGAAAGUCCAAUUUUGAGCAACCUUCAUUUUCCCACUGUGCGCCUUAUGACAAGAAAAGUGACAAGUUGUAAUGUUUUUAUUUGCAUAUCUGAGGAUUUGUUAGAAAAAGAUUGGCACAUUUCAUUUAAUGGGUUUUCAAUUUUAUUUGUGUUCUGUUUAAUUCUGUGAAUUUUACCGAAUAUAUCAGUAAUAAAAAUGUCACCCUUUUUAAACAGUUUGGAUAAAUUGGCCAAUAACACUAUUUGUCAGUUACUAAUAUCGUAUUUGUUCUCUUUAUUAAGACUAGAUUCUGCAGGUAAGAUUGCAAUAAUGUGACUUGACUUGCACUUGAUUUGACAUAACCUGUGACUUGACUUGACUUAAAAAAAAAAAAGAAAAGAUAAAAAAUACUUAGGACUUACUUGGGACUUGCACAUGACUUGAUCCCAUCUCUGCCUUUUAAUAACGCUAUGAGAUAGGGAUCAGGUUAAUGUACUGUAUUAAAUUCAGCAGCUCUUAAUGUAGUUGUUCUUGGUGUAGCAGUUUGUGUCAUGAGCUUUUAGUACCCAGUGACCUCCAUUUAUGUGAUGAUACAACUUAUGUCGUUAAGAGUUUGGACAUAUUUGAUAUGUCACUUCUUUAAAAGGUCUCACCACAGGAUGCCCACAAAUCCCACAUCCUCAAAAUAAGAAUUGUAUUCCCAUGACCCACCAGUCAGAUCUCUGCUGUUAAACGGAAGCGAAAGCAUCAACAGAGACACUCACAAUGAUUAAGGACAUUUAACAGGGAGCCUGUGUCACAGUAAUAAACUUACAGAGGCAACCAUGGGGACGGAUGGUGUAGCUGCAGGGAAACAUGCAGGAAACAAAGAGAAAACACAGCAGCCGGAGUAAGUAGGAGAGAAAAAAAAAAAGCUGCUGCCAGUGUUUCUCCACUAAGUUCUUGCAGGAUAUCUAAGUGUAUCCAAGGACACGAUGAAUGCAGACCCCUUUAGUGCCACGACUGCCAGUGAUUGCAUGUUGGAUUUUUGAAGAAUCCCAGAGGAAAAAACAAUGAGAUUUGAGGGCGGGCUUGAAACGUCAAAAUAAUUAAGAGAGGCCGUGGGCGGACUGGAGAUCAUGUAUAAGUGUGAUGAAAGCACAAAAGCGAGCGCAGAGUGGGCGGUGCCGUGAGAGCAUUGACAAAACACUUACGGGAAAAGCCUUGGAACGUGUACAGAAAACUCCAGACCGCUCCUCUGACGUCACGAUGCAGCUGACAUCUUGAAGUCAUUGCUGACACCCUGAAGCCUUUCUCUCUGGUGCAUCUCACGAAAGAGUCUGUGUUGACUGUGAGGCAGCAAAACGCCUGCACUUUAUCUAAUAAAUGGCCGCAAACAAGGUAAAGGGACGCUGGAUGCUGGCCAGCUUUGCAGCAUCAAGAUGAAUACCUUAUUACGACAAGACUUGUUAGCUCGAUAAAGAUCACUGGAACAAACCAGACAGCACAGUUUUUUCAAUAUACUUUGUUUAUAAAAAAAAAAAACGUUGACAUAUAGCAUCAGGCUUCAGAAAAGAAAGAACAUACAGAGAGUGCAUAAACAAGCAGCAGUCAGUGGUUCACAACACGAUGCAUGUUUAGAUACAGUCACUGAGUGAGCAACAGACUGGAACCACCAUGAGGGCUCCGUCUGCUUCCCCUUUAGCUGGGAUAAACAAAUGGAUGUUUUUUUUUUUUAAAAAAAAACAAAAAAAAAAAAACAA